AUGGCCUGCGAGGCUCUAGAGUCGACGUCCACAAAGGAGCUCCUGGACAAGAAGAACAGGAUGCUGGCCAUGAUAGACACUGGGACACUGCCUGAUGGAGGGACCUCGGCCAGCAACCUGGUGGCGAAAAUUGACGCGGAGUUGGCUAAGCGGAGGGAAGCGAGCAAGGAACAGAAGUGUGUCCAACCUGGAAGCUCACGAUCAGGAAAUAGGGCAGGACCCUUUGAAACCCAAGGUCCCUUGCCGAAAAGGCGACCCAUGAAUAAGGAUUUGACACAGCCAUCUAAAGCUCCUGUUAAAUCGCAAAAGGUGCAUCCUUGUAGUCGAAGCCACCAGACAGGGCAUGGGCGGAGGAAAAGAUGUUCCACUGAUGCAUUCAGUUUCAAGCCAAGGGCCGUUCGCUUGCAACGGGCUGGAGACAAUCAGAAUUGUCGUGGGACACACAAUUCUGAGAAGCCAGGGCAAGUGUUGCCACUGUCCAGAAUCUGCACCAGAUCAAUGCAAUUGAGAAUUUCCAGAGGUGAUGCACCGAGUGAAACGGUGGAUCUCUGCGAUUCUGACAAGGAGAUGGAUACCCCCUGUGAUGCCUCCGAGACAACAGCCAGGGAGGUCAAGAAAAGAAAACGAAGUUGGGGCAGGAAGUAUUUUGAAGAAUUCUUGGACUUACGAGCAUUAUACCCUCCCCAAGGGGGCCCAGGGUCUGUGGCAGUCACUGCUGAGGACCUGCAGUGGGUUGUGCGUGACGAGUUCAUUAAUGACACUCUGAUUGAUCUGUACAUCAAGCAUGUAGAAGACAAUGCGCAUUCCACUCAACAGCAUUUCUUUCGCAGUUUUUUCUACACCAAACUUGUGGAAAGUGAAGCAAACCAAGGUGUCGAUUUAAAGAAGUGGACAAAGGAUGUGGAUUUAUUCGAGAAACAAUUUGUUUUUGUUCCAGUUCACAGUUCCUUGCACUGGUCCCUAGCGGUGAUUUGCCAUCCAGGAGCUGAGUGCACAACAAAAUGCAAAGGCCAGACCCAGUUGCCUUGCAUCCUCCAUCUUGACUCGCUUCAAGAUGGUCAUUCCACAGCAGAAGUCAGUGGGGUUUUGCGGAGAUACCUUGAGGGAGAAUGGGAAAGGAAGCAUCCCGAUUCUAAGAAGCGUAUAUUCUCCAAGCAAACAAUUCCAGGGAGGAGAGUGGACCACAUUCCCAGACAGAUCAACAGCUAUGACUGCGGUCUCUUCAUGCUCACCUACCUUGAAUUCUUCUCUUUUGGUGCACCCAAUAUAGUUGACCACAGGAAACUGGGACUGCUUGGUGAUGGAGGCUUUCCAGGAUUUCUGCAGGAAGGGUGGUUCAAGCGGCGCAAUGCAAGUCUUCUGCGGAGCGAGCUUCAAAAUUUUGUCCACACACUACUAGCCCAACAAGGGGACCAGUGCCACCCGGGUAUGCCUUCCCUCAGAGCCAAAAUUGAGCAGUAUGAGCAGAGGAAGAUCAGAUACGCCAGUCCUGAGGCAUGGUUACGGGGCCAACUAACAGCGCCGCCCACGAUUGAUGCUGUAUGCAAGGACCUUGGAAAUGGCUGCAUUGCAGAAAGAGACAAGGAUCCACCUGAAUCCACGUCGACUGCCAGAAAGGAUGACUCAUACGUUGUCCAAUGUAGCUCAGAGUCGAACAGGAAGUCGGACGAUGGAAAUCGUACAAAGAGGAGGUCUGACGACAGAAUGCACACAGCAGAGCUGGGGAACAAAGAUUACCCUGGGCAAUCAAGUUGUCAAGGCGAACGCGGAAAUUGA